AUGUCAAAAUCAAAACCUAACCCAUUUGAAGAUGAAAGUGCUCUAAUAGACUUGGACCUAAAUAGCUUUGAUCCUCAACAUCAUUAUCCACAACACACGCUAAAUAAUCCAUUCAAUGAUCGAUUUGUAAUAUCAGACGAUGAAGACGAAGAAAUAGAGGAAAGACCAAUAAUUACACCAUCAAAACCUAGACCUACAAAUUACAAUCCAUAUGGAGAUGAACCUUCUAAACCUACAGAAAAACCACGAGAUUUUGACAUCACCCAUUUGUAUCAAAAAAUCAAAAGUAAACUAACGGGCAAGAAAACCCCCAAAAUAGAAUCAAGAAAACCUAGAGAAAUAUUCAUAAUGGAUCAUGCAGCCAACUCAUCUUUUGGAUAUUUUGGAAAUCAUAUAUCAACUACCAAAUAUAAUAUAGCAACUUUUUUACCCAAAUUUUUAUUUGAACAAUUUAGUAAAUAUGCAAACUUAUUCUUUUUAUUCACAUCAAUUAUACAACAAGUUCCACAUGUAUCACCGACAAAUCGAUAUACAACUAUAGGUACAUUGAUAGUAGUUCUAUUUGUUUCAGCAGUUAAAGAAAUAUCAGAAGAUUUGAAAAGAGCAAAUGCAGAUAAAGACUUGAAUAAUACAAGAGUUUUAGUGCUAGAUCCAGCACUGGGUGAUUUUGUGCUGAGAAAAUGGGUAAAAGUUCAAGUUGGAGAUGUUGUUAAAGUAAAUAACGAGGAGCCAUUCCCAGCAGAUUUGGUACUUGUGAGCUCUUCAGAACCAGAGGGACUCUGUUACAUAGAGACUGCAAAUUUAGAUGGGGAAACAAAUUUAAAAAUCAAACAAGCCAAACAAGAAACCUCCACCCUAAAAAGUCCUUCAGAAUUGAUAAGAGGAUUAAGUAAUGUUGAAAUUUUAUCAGAACAACCAAACUCAUCAUUAUAUACAUAUGAAGGUAAUUUAAAAAAUUUUGAACAUGGUCCUGAUAUUCCUUUGAGUCCUGAACAACUACUUUUGAGAGGUGCCACAUUACGUAAUACACAAUGGAUUAAUGGUAUUGUAAUAUUCACAGGUCAUGAAACAAAAUUAAUGAGAAAUGCAACUGCAACACCUAUAAAAAGAACAGAUGUUGAAAGAAUUAUAAAUUUACAAAUUAUUGCAUUAUUUUGUGUUCUUAUUGUGUUAGCUCUAGUUUCAUCAAUAGGAAAUGUUAUCAAAACAAAGGCCAGUAGUAGUGAUUUGGGUUAUUUGUACUUAGAAGGUACAUCAAUGGCAAAAUUGUUUUUCCAAGAUUUAUUAACUUAUUGGAUUUUAUAUUCAAAUUUAGUUCCAAUUUCUUUAUUUGUUACUGUGGAGUUAAUCAAAUAUUAUCAAGCUUUCAUGAUUGGAAGUGAUUUAGAUAUGUACUAUGAAGAAACUGAUACACCUACUGGUGUUCGAACAUCAUCGUUGGUGGAAGAAUUAGGUCAAAUUAAUUAUAUUUUUAGUGAUAAAACAGGUACAUUGACAAGAAAUGUUAUGGAGUUUAAAUCUUGUUCUAUUGGUGGUAGAUGUUACAUAGAAGAUAUUCCAGAAGAUGGUCAUGCUCAAAUUAUAGAUGGUAUUGAAAUUGGUUUUCAUACAUAUGAUGAACUCAAGUCAGAUGUAAUGAAUACAAAUUCUCAGCAAUCCGCAAUAAUUAAUGAGUUUUUAACUUUGCUUAGUACUUGUCAUACAGUCAUACCUGAAAAUACUGAAAACGGUACAAUAAAAUAUCAAGCUGCAUCUCCGGAUGAAGGUGCGUUGGUUCAAGGUGCUGCAGAUUUAGGAUACAAAUUCAUAAUACGUCGUCCAAAAACAGUAACAAUUGAGAACACAAUUACCAACAAUCAAUCAGAAUAUGAAUUAUUGAACAUUUGUGAAUUCAACUCCACAAGAAAAAGAAUGUCAGCUAUAUUUAGAUGUCCAGAUGGUGUUAUAAGAUUAUUUUGUAAAGGCGCUGAUACAGUUAUUCUAGAGAGACUUUCCAAAAAUGAACCACAACCUUUUGUUGAAGCUACCUUAAGACAUUUAGAAGAUUUUGCUGCUGAAGGAUUAAGAACACUUUGUAUCGCUUCAAGAAUUAUACCAGAACAAGAAUACAAUGAGUGGGCUAAAAAAUAUUACAUUGCCUCUACUGCAUUACAGGAUCGUGGUGAUAAAAUGGAUGAAGUUGCUGAAACAAUUGAAAACAAUUUAUUUUUGUUAGGUGCUACUGCAAUUGAAGAUAAAUUACAAGAUGGAGUACCCGAAACAAUACACACAUUACAAAGUGCAGGCAUCAAAAUUUGGGUUUUAACUGGUGAUCGUCAAGAAACUGCUAUAAACAUUGGUAUGUCUUGUAAAUUAUUAAGUGAAGAUAUGAAUUUGCUAAUAAUCAAUGAAGAAACUAAAAAUGACACCAGAUUAAAUUUACAAGAAAAAUUAACUGCUAUACAAGAACAUCAGUUUGAUGCUGAUGAUGGAUCUUUAGAAUCUUCAUUAGCUUUGAUUAUAGAUGGUCACUCAUUAGCAUUCGCUUUGGAACCGGAUUUAGAAGAUUUGUUUAUUGAAUUAGGUUCAAGAUGUAGAGCAGUUAUAUGUUGUCGUGUAUCCCCAUUACAAAAGGCAUUGGUGGUAAAAAUGGUGAAACGUAAAAAGAAACAAUCUUUGUUGUUGGCUAUUGGUGAUGGUGCGAAUGAUGUUUCAAUGAUUCAAGCUGCUCAUGUUGGAGUUGGUAUCAGUGGUAUGGAAGGUAUGCAAGCAGCAAGAAGUGCUGAUAUAUCUAUCGGACAAUUCAAAUACUUAAAGAAAUUAUUGUUGGUGCAUGGUUCUUGGUCAUAUCGUCGUAUUUCGAACGCCAUUUUGUAUUCCUUUUACAAAAACAUUGCAUUGUACAUGACUCAAUUUUGGUUUGUUUUCACGAAUGCAUUUUCAGGUCAAUCUAUUGCAGAAUCAUGGACUUUAACUUUUUAUAAUGUUUUAUUUACUGUUUUACCACCGAUUGUUUUAGGUGUUUUUGAUCAAUUUGUUAGUGCGAGAUUAUUAGAUAAAUAUCCACAAUUAUAUCAAUUAGGUCAACAAAGAAAAUUUUUUAAUGUUCCAGUAUUCUGGAGUUGGAUUAUCAAUGGAUUUUAUCACUCUGCUGUUAUUUUCAUUUGUUCAUUUUUUAUUUAUAGGUAUGGUAAUGUUAUGUCUAAUGGUUUAACUACUGAUAAUUGGAGUUGGGGUGUUGCUGUUUAUACAACUUGUACUUUAACUGCUUUAGGUAAGGCUGCUUUAAUUGUUACUAUGUGGACUAAAUUUACCUUGAUAGCAAUACCUGGAUCUUUUAUAUUUUGGUUAUGUUGGUUCCCUGCUUAUGCAACUAUUGCACCAUUGAUUAAUGUAUCUGAUGAAUAUAGAGGUGUUUUAAGUAAAACUUAUCCUUUAUUAACAUUUUGGGCAAUGAUAUUUGGUGUUUCUACUUUAUGUUUACUAAGAGAUUUUGCUUGGAAAUUUUACAAGAGACAAAUGGACCCAGAAAGUUAUCAUUAUGUCCAAGAAAUUCAAAAAUUUAACAUUCAAGAUCAUAGACCAAGAAUGGAACAAUUCCAAAAAGCUAUAAGAAAAGUAAGACAAGUUCAAAGAUUGAAAAAAAUUAGAGGUUAUGCUUUUUCACAAGCUGAAGGUCAAGAUCAAGAUAAAAUUGUUAGAUUAUAUGAUACAACGAAAAGAAGGUAA